GUCACAUGAUAAUCCGGUAGAUAGACGGAAAUGCUGCAGGAAAACAGCUGUUAAAAAGCCAAGAAGAAGAAUGGCGACAGCAGCUUUGACUGCGGGUCUGGAGCGGAUCCCGGAUCAGCUCGGGUAUCUGGUCAUCAGCGAGGACGGAGUUCUUGCCUCUGCAGGUGAGCUGGAGAAUGACGAACACACUGCAGGUGUGAUGAUGCAGAUGAUUCGGACAGCAAGUCGAUUCAGGUUACCUGGAUCAGCUGAGCUGCCCUUCAAACGCAUGUCAGUGAUUCUGGAGGAUUUCGUUUACACUGUGACGGUUUCUGGUCAGAAAGUCUUUGUGGUCAAACGUCAGAACAACCAGCAAGAACCAAUCACUGUUUAGAGCCGGAUCAACAGGAAGCAUGGUGGCAGUCAGGUGGUCUGAUGAUGGUCGGAGGUCAACAGAUUGUUCGUCAGAGCGACCUGCAGCUGGAAGUCAGAUAUUUCUAACUCUGUCCGUCUGUUUUUGAUUUACAUCAAGUUUUGUAUGUUUGGAUUUGAUUUAACCUGCCUGUGAUUGAAAAUAAAAUUAUUUAAAUCUCA